AUGAUUGAAGAUGUGAUUACAACGGCACACGACGAACGCAGCCACUUUGGCAUCGACCGCACACUGAAGGAACUGCGAGGCUUCGCCAUCAAGAACAUGACCGCCAAGGUCACGGCACACAUCGCAAAAUGCAGAUCUUGCUGCCUAGGCCAGACCGACCGCCAACAGCGCAUGGGAGCAUACAUGCCUGUACGGCCUGGCCCUCUGCCGAUGCAACGCAUCGCGAUUGACUUCAUCACCCGCCUGCCCCCAACGACAGCCGCAGACUCGCCGUGGGCCCUGACUGGCUUCGACACCUUCGAUCAGAUCCUCACGAUCACUUGCACCGCGAGCAAACGAAGCCUGCUGAUCCCUGGCCACGAGACAUACACGUCAGAACAUUGGGCGCAAGUGUUAGCCCGAGCCUUGAUGAUGGCGGACUGGGGUCUUCCAUCAAUCAUCAUCAGCGACCGAGACCGCAAGUUCACUAAACCCUUCUGGAGGGGACUGUGGAAGGCAUUCGGCACGAAGCUGGCGAUGACAACAGCGCACCACCCACAGGCUGACGGAUUGGCCGAACGCCGCAAUCAGGUGGUUGAAACAGCGAUACGGCUGGCCUACGUCGAAGAGCCGGAUCGUGACUGGAAGCUGCUGCUUCCAGCGAUGCAAUGGAACAUCAACAGCACCUUUAACGUCGGCAGCCAAUGCAGCGCGCACGAGUACAUCUACGGCUUCAGACUCAACGGAGCGUUCCAAGCCGCCAACAACCCUGACGCCGAGACGCUGCCGUACAUGAGAGAGGCCGUGAGAACGACGGCUCAAUUGGCAAUGGAUCUUGCAGCGAUGAAGGCCAAACGAUGGUAUGACGCCAAACACCGACCGAUACAGCUGCAGGCCGGAGACCGCGUGUACCUCAAUCUUCAUCACGGAUACCACCUCGCUGGCCGGCCGAGCCCCAAAUGGUCUCAGAAGAGGCUUGGCCCCUUCACGAUCAAGCGGAUGGUCAACGACCUCGCCGCCGAAUUGAGCCUGCCCAGCAGUAUGAAGAUACACCCCGUGAUAUCGGUCCAGCACCUCAAGCCUGCCCACGCCGGCGCACACGUCGACCCCGAGCCUGGGCCUGUGGAAGCCUCACACGACGUUGAAGACGAUGAAGGAGAUGUGCACUACGAGAUCGAGAGGCUGCUGGACAAGCGCCAAUUGAAGGACGGAACAGUCAAGUAUAAGGUUCGCUGGAAGGGUUGGAGCCCCCAAUACGACCAGUGGGUGGAGUCCACAGGCAUCAGCGACGCCGCGAUACACACCUUCGAGGAGCAAUUAGCCCGUGAGAAGAAGUCCUCAACCCCCCGGAAGGGCAAUAGGUUGAGGCGCUGA